UUUUGAAUUUAAAACAUUUGAACUGGCCACAAAUUAGGUCGUUCCUUCGGCAACAAUCCGCAUAUCUCCACUUCAGUUGUUCAGCAGUGGGAUCCUUUCAUCAGCGAAAAAUGAGAUCACACAAAGCCCGUGCACAAAGCCAUGGCGAGAGACUGCGAAAUCCUACUCCAUUCCCUGGCUUUUCGGCAGCAGGACCUCAAUAUUCGUCUGUGUAUCAGCAGCAGGCUCCAGGACGCGUGCCAGCUGGGCGUGGGGGCAAGCUCAAGACAUCUGCUGUAUCCACUCCCCAGCAGCAGCAUCAGCUGCUGCAACAGCAGCAACAACUUCAGGCCCAGCAGCUGCUGCAACAACAGCAGCAACUUCUUGCACAGCCGGGAGUGGCAGCUCCCGACGUGGCUGCCGCAGGACAGCGCGCCCCCGUGCCCACCUAUGCUGACCAGAUGCAGGCUGCCUUCAUUGACUACCAGCGCCAGCGUGUGGAGUUUGAGCAGCAGCAACAACAGCUGCUCCAGAAGCUCUACCACUUCUAUCCGGACAUGUCGAUCGGACAGCCCCAAGCACCUGGCCAGGGCCAGUCCCAGUCCCAGGCCCUGCCACAGACCCAACCAGAUUCCGCAGGAGCCGCUGGAUCGCGUUUCGUCUAUCGUCGUCCGCAGUUCGGCUCCAACGGUCUGCAGCAGCAGGCUGGACGUUUCUCCGUCAGCCAAGGAGGAGCUCAAGGACAGGGCAUUCGUGCCGCCUACUCAGCGGGCGACAUCUACUCAGGAUCAGGAGGAGGCCGAGGUGGUGUCCCUGCCAGCUCGGGUGGCGACUUCUACUCGACCCAGCAGCACAUGGGCUUCCUUCAGCAGCAGCAGCAGGACGUGCUGCGCGAACAACAACAGCAGUUUGCCAGCAGCCAACUGGCCCCAACAACCACCCAGAGCUACGGAAUGGCCGUCCCAAUGUCCUCCGUACUGGGUUCUUCAUCGUUCCAGCCUUCGUCGGACGUUUCCCACGUGAGCUUCAGCAGUGGCAAUCUUAACUACAAUUUCUAGUCAGCAGAAGAAGGAGGAGCGACAGGAUCCGCCUCUCUCUUAAGUUUUUUUUUCGAUCUAUUAAGGCUCUUUUUUUUUGUUAAAAUUCAAAGUGAACAAAUGCAAAAAUGGUUAGGAAUGAUGAAA